AUGGAAGCCUUCAUGCCCGCGCCCUCCCCCCCGACGGAGCUCGGCCGCUACCGCGUCCUCUCCUCGACGGCUGGAAUCCGCGUUUCUCCCCUGCAACUCGGCGCCAUGUCCAUCGGCUCCGCCUGGUCCUCCGCGAUGGGCAGCAUGGACAAAGAAGCGUCGUUCGCACUCCUCGACGCCUUCGUCGCCGCCGGGGGCAACUUCAUCGACACGGCGAACAACUACCAGAACGAAGAAUCAGAGACCUGGAUCGGCGAAUGGGCCGCGACACGAGGCAUCCGGGACCAGCUGGUCCUUGCGACGAAAUACACCGGCGAAUACAAGGGAUACCAGAUCGGGAAGGGCAAGACCAUCAACCACGCCGGUAACCAUAAGAAGAGCCUGCAUAUGAGCGUGCGGGAUUCUCUGCGCAAGCUGCAGACGGAGUACAUUGAUGUGCUGUAUGUGCAUUGGUGGGACUAUACGACGUCCAUCGAGGAGGUGAUGGACUCAUUGCAUGCGCUGGUGCAGCAGGGUAAAGUGCUGUAUUUGGGGAUCUGCAACACCCCUGCGUGGCUGGUCAGUGCGGCCAAUACGUACGCGAGGAUGGCCGGCAAGACGCUGUUCAGUGUGUAUCAGGGCCGGUGGAAUGUGCUGCAGCGUGAUUUCGAGAGGGAGAUUAUCCCGAUGGCGAGGCAGUUCGGCAUGGCGCUUGCGCCGUGGGAUGCGGUUGGGGGUGGCAAGUUUCAGACGAAGAAGGCGCUGGAAGAACGCAAGGCCAGCGGGGAGGGAUUGAGGAAGCUGAUGGGGUCUGAGCAGGGUGAGGAGGAGGUGAGGAUGAGCGAGGCCUUGGCCAAGGUGGCCGCGGAACAUGGGAUUGAGUCGGUGACGGCGAUUGCGCUGGCGUAUGUGAUGAGCAAGACGACGAAUGUGUUCCCGUUGGUGGGCGGACGGAAGAUCGAGCAUCUACAGGAUAAUAUCCAGGCGUUGAGCAUCCGGUUGACGGACGAGCAGAUCGCGUACUUGGAGAGCGUGAGGCCGUUGGAAGUCGGAUUCCCGCAGAACAUGCUGGGCGAGGAGCCCGGAGUGUCGGGAAAGAUGAGCAUGGCAUUGGCGCCGUCGGGACAGAUGUCUUUUGUGAAAUACCCCCGAGCUAUUGGAUACUAA